CAAGCUCUCGGGCCAACACGAGUCCGUACGCCAGAAGCAACCGCAGGCAUGAGGACGCACGCCCUUUUGACGCUCGCUCUGCUGGGCCUGCUGCUGUGGGCCCCCCGCCUCCGGGCCGACGACCGGGACGCCGAACCCGAGGCCCACAGCGACCGGGACGCCGAACCCGAGGCCCACGGCGACCGGGACGCCGAACUGGAGGACGCGCAGGGAGACUCGUCAUCGGAGGAGGAGGAGGAGGAGGAGGAGGAGAGGCAGGGGGCUCCGGGAGAGGAGGACGGGGAGGCCGAGGUGGCACCAAAAAAGGAGAAAACCUCAGAGAUAGAGGUGGAGAAAGACGUGAUGGUUCUCCACGUUAAGAACUUUGACAGAGCUCUCAGCGAGAAUCGACAUCUGCUGGUUAAAUUCUAUGUUCCCUGGUGUGGCCACUGCAAAAAGCUGGAGCCCAUUUACAUCGAGGCUGCCGGGAAGUUGAAGGAGGAGGGAUCGGCGAUCCGUUUGGGCCAAGUGGAGGCCACGGAGGAGAUGGAGCUGUCCACCGAGUUCAACAUUGAGGGAUAUCCCGUUCUAAAACUGUACAUAGACGGAGACCGAAAGAAUCCCAUCGAAUUCACAGGCAAGAGGACGUCAGAGGGAAUAAUCAAGUGGCUGAAGCGCCGCGCGGGCCCCGGCGCCCCGCUGCUCGACUCGGCAGACGCCGCGGCUCGGUUCGUCGAGUCGCACAACGUCACCGUUAUAGGAUUCUUCGACAAUCUGGAAAGCGAGGCGGUGAAGGCGUUCAAGGCGCUGUCCCUGGAUCUCGCCGACGCGGAGUUCGCGCUGUCGGCGAGUCCGGAGGUUUUCCGGAAGUACGAAGUCAAAGAGAACUCGGUGGUGCUCUUCAAAAAGUUUGACGAAGGGAGAGCAGACUUUGCACUCUCAGAAGAAGGGGAGCUGAACCCCCAAAAUCUGACCGCCUUCAUCAACCAAAACAGCCUGGAGCUGAUCAUCCCAUUCAGCCAGGAGAACGCAGCGCUGAUCUUCUCCUCGGGCAUCCAUCUGCACUGCCUGCUGUUCAUCAACUCCUCGGUGGAGAGUCAGAACGCCCUGGUGCACCAAUCCAGGCCCAUCGCCAAAGAGUUCAGGGGAAAGAUGCUGUUUGUGAAGAUCGACGUGUCGUCCCCUUUGCCCAACGUGCUCAAUUACUUCGGCGUGUCGGAGAAAGACGCCCCGACCCUGCGCCUCAUCGACAUAGAAACGGGGAAGAAGUUCAGCAUCGCUACGGGCGACCUUUCCGCGGAUUCACUCAGACAGUUGUGCCAGGACGUCGUUGCCGGCACGGCCAAGCCUUACUAUCGUACGGAGGAGAUCCCAGAGGACUGGGACAAAGAACCAGUAAAAGUCCUGGUGGGAAAGAACUUUGAGUCCGUUGCUACGGACCCGACCAAAAACGUCUUCGUGGAGUUUUAUGCUCCAUGGUGUGGACACUGUAAGGAACUGACCCCCAUCUGGGAACAGCUGGCCGAAAAGUACGCCGACAGAGACGACAUCAUCAUCGCCAAGAUGGACGCCACGGCCAACGAGGUGGAGUCCCUGACCAUCUCGGGGUACCCGACCCUCAAAUACUUCCCAGCGGAGGGCAAAGAGGUGGUGGACUACACCGGUAAGAGGGAUCUGGAGACCAUGUCCAAGUUCCUGGACGACGGAGGGGUGUUGCCUCCGGCUGAAAGCCACGAGGAGGAAGAGUUUGAUGAGAAAGAUGAUGACACCAGUGAUGAGGAGGCUCCUGAUUCCUCGGAGGUACCGACCAACACGACCUCUAAAGACGAGCUGUGAUGUCACUUUGGUUUUUUGAUCAGUAUCAAUUUUUCUUAAUAAAAUGAAUUUGGGUCACAAACA